AUGCCAUACAAGGGGAAGAAGGCUACAAGCAAAACUGCGAAGCGCCCGAGGGAGUCUUCGGAUUCUCAAUCUGAUGAUGAUGUUGUCCAUCACAAUUUUCCCCCCAGACCAGCAGAAAAGCAUGUGAUUGAGAUCAGUGAUGAGGACAGUUCUUCAUCAGACCUAGACGAUCAGCAGGCAAGGUAAUCAAUGUGAAAAAUUUUUAUUUCAUAUAUAGGUGACCCUAAAAAGUCUCACCUUGCAAAGAGAAAACAGUAUUGCCAAGAUGUAAAAACUUCUAUCGACACCCUGAAUGAAAAGCUUGUGCGUAUUUUUAAAACGCAACAAAGGGAAAGGAAGAUGCUUCGUUCCAAAUAUUCUAAGAUGUUUGAGCCUUUGUUCCAACAAUGGGAAAAGGAUGUGAUGAAAGUCGGACAAGAAGAAGACAGUUUUGUUAAUUCAUCCCACCAACGUGCAGGGACUAUGUACAAUGCUAUGAUGGCGCAGAAAGCGACCAUUGAUGAAGCAAAAACUGUAUCUGAUCAGUUUCUAAAGAAUGUCCAAGCCCUUGAGGAUGAGCACAAAGUUCUUGAUGCUAUUGAGCAAAACAAAUUGGAAAGUGAAAUGCAAAGCCUGAAGAGGAAACUUGAGACAGAAAGUCAACAACAGGACUUGGCAGCUAUCGAAUCAUGUCUUCAUUCUUUGUUCUCGGAGGAUAAUGAAGAAGAUUAG